ACAGCAGAAGUGCAGUAAUUUCCAAUGGAAAGCAGCGUCUGUGCUGCAUAUGUUGGAUUUAUCUGACGUAUGCGUCAAUCUACGCGUAGACGGCUUGACAAAAAUUGUAGCAGAAUGUGACUAGAACUUUUGUUGCACACAUCCAGAUGUUGCACACUAUUUCGCGCAGACACGAUUGGUGUGAUCAAGGCAUUACUAGUUUGACAGGUUCAGAGCAACAGGACAUGAGUCGCUUGGGUGGCUCUUGCACCAUUGCGCCUCCCUUCACAUAAACUACUGAGUUGCUGUGGCACUCUUCAAAUUUAGAAACGCUGCAUUCACACAACUAUUAGCCACAUCAAGGGCAAUUUAAUCCGCUGAAGAAAAUAUAUUUAGGAGGGAAGUAGUGAACAGAAAUGUGCAUUCGCUCAUUUCCAAGCGCAUCCCCACGUCAAUACCAUUAUUGUCCAGCAAACGGUAUUCCGGGUGGCGACUGAGGUGCCUCGAUGCUGCUCAAUAGUCAUAACCCGACAAUAUUUACAAAGACUUCAGAAAUUUGUAUUGAUCUGAGUAUGGCAUGGCCUUCCCGGGAACUAGGGACCACUAAGCUAUGAAGCUCUUUCCUUCCAGACCUUCCCUGCUCUCCUUCUCCAGUUACUGUCACUUCAUGAGCCUUACCCACGGCUGCUCUCACAACCAUCAUCUCUGCCCAGCCUGGUACUAACGGAGUGGCUCAGACUCACUUCAACACAAAGAAGAAAAAAAAGAGAGCGCGAGAGAAGAGAAGAAAACCCUCCGCAGCUGCCAUCCAGACACACAUGGUGCAUAGCUGCCAUUCCCCAGGCUCCCUCCAUCCCCGCGGCCUGACCUCUAGCUAGCUCCUCGCACCCAUCACACAGCCUAGUUCACGGCCUGCCCAAGGGAUAUAAAUAGGCUACAUCAAUCCAGUGUUUGGAGCCUGCUCUUGUGUUGCCUUUUUUUUCCAGGGCACACACGCCCGGUGGGGGUCACACCCAUUUGUAUUCGGCCUUCCCACUGCCUGGAUCAGUGGAAGCUAGUGGUGGGACCGAAGAGGGAGAGUCGAGGCCGAGACCAUGGAGGUCAAUAUGGAGUACUGUCUGGCCCAGGUGGUGCAGAAAGACCUGGGGAGGAAGGUGCAGGUGGGACAGGAGCUCAUAGAUUACAUCCUGGAUAAGGAUAGGUCCCAGGAUCUGGAGCAAGACCAGACAGGUCUGGACAGGAUGGUGGACAGCAUCGCUACCACCUGGGUCAACUGUUCCAACUUCAAGGUGGCUUUGCUUGGAAUAGACCUUUUAUCUGUCCUAGUGACAAGGUUACAGGACCGAUUUAGGAACCAUGUGGGAACAGUACUGCCCAGUCUGAUAGAUCGUCUGGGGGAUUCCAAAGACCAAGUCAGAGACCAAGAUCAAAUCCUGCUGUUGAAGAUCAUGGAGCAGGCUGCCACCCCACAGUACGUGUGGGACAGAAUGCUGGGAGGCUUCAAACACAAGAACAACAGGACCAGAGAGGGAGUGUGCCUUUGUCUCAUCUCAACGCUCAACAUGUACGGAGCCCAAGGCUUAACCCUCAGUAAAAUAGUCCCUCACAUAUGCAAUCUACUAGGAGAUCCCACCAGUCAGGUGAGAGACGGAGCUAUGGGCUGCCUGGUGGAGAUCUACAGACAUGUGGGGGAGAGGGUGAGGAUGGACCUCAGCAAGAAGGGCCUACCACAGUCACGGUUGAAUGUAAUCUUCAGUAGAUUUGAUGAAGUCCAAAGAGCUGGGAACAUGAUCCCAUCCUCGGGUUCAGAUAAGAACUUUGAUGAUGAGGACUCUGUGGAUGGGGGCCGGUCCUGCUCCUCCGCAUCGUCCUCCAAGGCGCCCCCCAGCGGGAGGAGGACUGUAGCUGCAGCUUCUGUCCGCAGGCCCAGCUCUGCCACCGGACCCGGUAAGAUCUCUGCUAAAGAUGCUGCUGCAGGAGCAGUAGAUGAGGAGGACUUCAUCAAGGCUUUUGAAGAGGUUCCUACUAUCCAGAUCCACUCCAACAGAGAGAUGGAGGAAAACCUCUCCAAGGUCCGGGAGGUUCUGUCUGACGACAAAAACGACUGGGAGCACCGAGUCAUCGCUCUGAAGAAGGUGCGUUCUCUGCUCCUGGCUGGAGCGCUGGAGUAUGAGAGUUUCCCUCAGCAGCUUCGUCUGCUGGAGGCCCCUCUGAAGCUGUCGGCUAAAGACCUGAGGUCCCAGGUGGUACGAGAGGCCUGCAUCACACUGGGAUACUUGUCCACGCUAAUGGGCAACAAGUUUGACCACUGUGCAGAGACCCUGAUGCCCACACUGCUCAACCUGGUGCCAAACAGUGCCAAGGUGAUGGCCACGUCUGGCAUGGCAGCCAUACGUCUCAUCCUCAGGCAUACACACUACUCACGUCUCAUCCCAAUCAUCACUAGUAACUGCACGUCCAAAUCAGUGGCAGUCAGACGGCGCAGUUAUGAGUUCUUAGAGCUGUUAUUACUGGAGUGGCAGACACACACACUGGAGAGGCACGUGGCUAUUCUGACGGAGACCAUCAAGAAAGGGAUCCAUGAUGCCGACUCAGAGGCCAGGUCCGUGGCCAGAAAGUGUUAUUGGGGUUUCCAUGGCCACUACAGCAGGGAAGCGGAGCAUCUUUUCCAGGCCCUGGAGUCGACCUAUCAGAAGGCUCUCCAGUCACACCUGAAAAGUUCUGACAGCGUUGUGUCCCUCCCCCAAUCAGACCGCUCAUCCUCCUCCUCUCAGGAGAGCCUCAACCGGCCCCUGUCUGUCAAGAGUGUCAUAGGAGGCGGCAUGACAAGGGGGAAGAUGGUGAGUUCCAGGGUGAACUCUAACCCCGGCGGUUCUCUUCAGCGUUCCCGUAGUGACGUCGAUGUGAACGCUGCGGCCAGCGCCAAAUCCUGUCUGGUCACCGUGCCCUCCGCUUCUCCCUUCAGCUCAGCCGCUACUCUGCCCCCAGGCUCCUACGCCUCUCUAGAUGGCACACCUGGUAAAAUUAAUAUGGGUCGUGUGCGUACGAGGAGGACAAGCGCUGGCAGUGCCGUCGGAGCCAGCGCUACUGUGACUGACAGCAGGGGGCGCAGCCGAGCCAAAAUGGUAUCCCAGUCCCAGCGAUCCAGAUCUGCUAACCCCACUGGCGGUGGUAAGGCCCGGACUUCAUCCAAUCAGACUGGCAGUCGCUCCAGUUCCCCUGGAAAGCUUCUGGGCCACUCGUCUGGGUACGGGAGGAUCAGCAGGCCCCCCUCAGCCUCCAGCACCCCUGCAGACAAGAGGAGCAAGGUCCCCCGCAGCCAGGGCUGCAGUAGAGAUUCCUCUCCCAGCCGACUGGGACUAGCGAGGAGCCGUAUCCCCCGGCCCAGCAUGAGUCAGGGCUGCAGCAGGGAAACCUCUAGGGAAAGCAGCCGAGACACCAGCCCUGCUCGGGGUUUCAAGCCUCUUGCCUCCCGACGUACUUCCCGCUCUACCAGUGCCCUAUCCACGGCUGACCCCCACGGCCAGUCAGAUCGGUUUGGUUUGAUUCACCAGGACCGUAUCUCUGCCUCAGUAAAUGCCAUGAGAGUCCUCAACACUGGCACUGAGGUGGAGGCUGCUGUGGCUGAUGCACUGCUGUUAGGAGACUCCAGAAAUAAUAAGAGGAAGCCAAUGAGGCGGCGGUAUGAGUCUCCGGGUAUCUAUUCUGACGACGAUGCUAACAGCGACGCAUCCAGUGCAUGCUCAGAGCGCUCAUACGGGUCCAGGAACGGAGGUAUCCCUCACUACCUGCGUCAAACGGAGGAUGUGGCGGAGGUGCUAAACCACUGUGCCAGCUCCAACUGGUCAGAGAGGAAGGAGGGUCUGCUGGGUCUGCAGAACCUACUCAAGAACCAAAGAAUACUCAGCCGAGUGGAGCUGAAGAGACUAUGUGAGAUCUUCAGCAGGAUGUUUGCAGAUCCACACAGCAAGGUGUUUAGUAUGUUUCUGGAGACUCUGUUGGACUUUAUCUUGGUGCAUAGAGAAGACCUGCAGGACUGGCUGUUUGUCCUGCUCACCCAGCUACUGAAGAAGAUGGGAGCUGACCUGCUGGGGUCUGUCCAGGCCAAGGUCCAGAAGGCUCUGGACAUCACCAGGGAGUCUUUUCCGUUUGAUCACCAGUUCAACAUCCUGAUGAGGUUCAUUGUUGACCAGACACAGACACCCAACCUCAAGGUGAAGGUGGCCAUUCUGAAGUACAUAGAAUCACUGGCAAGACAGAUGGAUCCGACAGACUUUGUCAACUCCAGUGAAACCCGACUGGCUGUAUCUCGCAUCAUUACCUGGACCACAGAGCCCAAGAGCUCCGACGUCAGGAAGACCCUUCAUAACUGGGUGGUGGAGGAGCUAUCAGGCAGGUCCAGUACUACAGCCUUACUGUCCCAGCAGGCCGGGGAGGGGCAACUGGAAGAGAGGUGUAAGCAGGCAGCCCAGGUUGUGCUGAUCUCUCUGUUUGAGCUGAACACUCCAGAGUUCACCAUGCUGCUGGGAGCCCUGCCCAAGACCUUCCAGGACGGGGCCACCAAGCUGCUCCAGAACCACCUGAAGAACUCCAGCAACACCAGCAGCGUGAGUUCUCCCAGCAACACUAUUGGGCGGACCCCAAGCCGGCACCCCCCAAGCCGGACCAGCCCUCUCACUUCCCCAACCAACUGCUCCCAUGGGGGGCUAUCUCCCAGUCGGUUGUGGGGUGGGUGUUGGAGUGGCGAUGGGCUACCUAAGCACCCCCCUCAUCCUCCUCCACCUCACUCCACCCCCGCCGGACCCGCCCUCAGGGUCCUCCGCAGAGCGUACUCUCCCAGUAUGUUGGAGUAUGACACAGAGAACAUGAACUCUGAUGAGAUCUACAGCUCCCUGCGAGGGGUCACAGAGGCCAUCCAGAGCUUCAGCUACCGCAGCCAGGAGGACCUCAACGAGUUGAGAGGGAAGAGGGACGAUGCUGCGGGACGGGAAGGUGUGGCGCCCUCUCCAUGCUCUGAUGCCCGUCUGGGGCUGGAUGUGGUGGAGGGUGGGCGUACGGCCCUGGAUAACAAGACCUCUCUUCUCAACACCCCGUCCCCCCGCUCCUUCUCUGGGCCGCGAACCAGGGAGUUCGCCCCCUACGGAUACGGAGACACCAUCACCUCAUCCUACGACAAGAGCGCCCUGAAGGAGGCCGUGUUUGAUGACGAUGUGGAGCAGUUUAGAGACUGCCGUCGGCAGGACAGCAGUGGUGAAAACAAGAUGGUGCUCUCUAAGGGCUUUGCUCCAGGUUCCCAGGACCACUCGGACCUGGUUGCAGACCUGCUGAAGGAACUGUCAAAUCACAAUGAACGCAUGGAGGAGCGUAAAGGGGCUUUGGUGGAGCUCCUGAAGAUCACCCGGGAGGACAGCCUGGCCGUGUGGGACGAACACUUCAAGACCAUCCUCCUACUGCUCCUGGAGACACUGGGGGAUAAAGACUACACUAUCCGGGCCAUGGCACUGAGGGUACUGAAGGAGAUACUGCGGAACCAGCCGGCCCGCUUCAAGAACUACGCUGAACUCACCAUCAUGAAGACCCUGGAGGCACACAAAGACUCCCACAAGGAGGUGGUAAGAGCAGCGGAGGAGUCUGCCUCCACCCUAGCCAGCUCCAUCCACCCAGAGCAGUGUAUCAAGGUGCUGUGUCCCAUCGUCCAGACGGCUGACUACCCCAUCAACCUGGCUGCCAUCAAGAUGCAGACUAAGGUGAUCGAACGCAUCACCAAGGAGUCCCUGCACCAGCUGCUGCCUGACAUCAUACCAGGACUACUGCAGGGCUAUGACAACACAGAGAGUAGUGUUCGCAAGGCCAGCGUGUUCUGUCUGGUGGCCAUCUACUCCGUGAUUGGAGAAGAGCUCAAACCACACCUGCAGCUACUCACGGGCAGCAAGAUGAAGCUGCUGAACUUGUACAUCAAGAGGGCUCAGACAACCAACAGCAACAGCAGCAGUUCCUCGGAUGUCUCUUCACACAGCUAACUGUAGGAGCAGAGGGAGGGAAACACAGAUCCGUCUGCCUGUACUGUGCAUAUGAAUUAGGGGGGAAAGGUUGCUUCCCAAAUUGUCAUCCUUUUCCCUAUAUAGUGCACUACUGUUGUGCUCAGGCCAGAAGUAGUGCACUAUAUAGGGAAUAGGGUGCCAUUUGGGACAGAUUCAUAGUCGUGCCUCUUCCAGACCUCUCCAUUCCUGAUCUUUUCUUCUCUCCUUCACCCCACUGGACUCCUCUGGGUGACACUAUGACCUGCUCAUCGCUCCAACCACCAAUUCACUUACUUUGCUCUUUUUUUCCCCCAUGGAACUUGUACCUUCAUUUGUCUCGUCCCAUCGUUGUCGCCCCCCCCAGCUGUUAUGACGCAUCACUAGCAAUGUGUUGCAAGGUAAAGAUCAGAUAUUCAUUAUGUUGAGCAUUCAGAGUGUAGGGAUGGAAACGUAACCAAGGGUUAUGAUAUGGUCCAAUAAGAAUGGUACGUAUGGUCCAAUACUAAAUAAUACCCUGAUAUUGAUUCAGCAAAAACAAAACAUCACUUCAAAUGCCAUUGGAUGAGUAAACACAGCCUGAAACGUCACAGUAGAAUAGGGCCUUCACGUUUAACCAGGAAGUCCCAUUGAGGUCAGAAGACCUGUCAAGGGGGACCACAUGACAGUCGGUUUGUGAUAAAGAAUCAUAUGACUGGCCCAGUGAGGAUACAAAGCCCCUAUAAACAGUUUAGGAACAAUGAAAACCAAAUAUGUCAGCGAAUGAAGUAGAAUUAGUAGAUUGAGGUAUGACGUUAUACAAUCCUAUAAAAAGUGAAAGAAGAAAACAUUUUAAUAUUUUUUUUUUACGUAUGUCAAUCAUUAUAAAGACUAACUUAAGCCCAGGUAAGCUAACACUAUUUGUUAUUGUUAGUAUCCAUUAGUUUGGGAGAAAUUAUAAUGAAACAUUAUCAGAGGCCAACUUCCAGCUAAUAGCUUGGCUAUAUCAUGAGAAAAAAUAGAAGUAUUGUAUUAAAUAAAUGGUGACCUUCAUUUUUUCAAACAGAAAUUGGUAAUCUAAAAUUGAAGCUGUUCAAAAUAAGGAGAGCGGUAAAGAUGCCAACUCACAAUCAAUUAUUGUUGUGGUUAACUCCAUUUCCAUUGUCAAAUAAAAACAAAUAUUUAUUUACAUUCC